AUGUCCGCACAAAAGAGAAUUGGCAAGGAGUUGGCAGAGGUUACGACGAGCCCGCCAGAAGGCAUCAAAGUCAGCCUCGUUGACGAGUCAAAUGUCCACAACUGGAACAUCGUGAUGGAUGGUCCUGAAGGUUCACCUUACGCUGGCGGCAAAUUCCAACUUCUCCUCGUCCUCCCAACCGACUACCCCUUCAAGCCUCCCAAGAUCAACUUCAAGACGCGGAUCUGGCACCCGAAUGUGACCUUCGACGAGCACGGCAGCAUGUGCAUCGGCAUCCUGAAACCCGAGGCCUGGAAGCCGAGCUCCAAGAUCUUGAGCGUGUUGGCUGCAACGCAGAGCCUGUUAGUUGAGCCUGUUCCUGAUGAUGCGGUGGAGACGAGUGCGGCGGAGAUGUUCAAGAAUGAUAAGCCCAAGUUUAAUAAGACGGCGGCGGAGUACACAAAAAAGUAUGCG